AUGCGUACCUCAGUAGCUCUUUCACUCCUCGGCGCGGCCGCUACCGGUGUUGCUGCCCAGAAGGCUCUCCCCACAGCUGCAGCUGUGACCAACAAUCCCUCUUGUCUCGUUGCCGAAGCGGUCCUUCCAGAAAACGCCUGGCAAAAGAACGGCUUCCCUAAUGGCGGCAACAUCAAGGGCAAGGUGGUAGCCAAGUCGGGCGACGGCGGUGUUGGAGUGCAGUUCAACGUUGAAGUGAGCGGCCUGCCUGAGGGUGGCCCUUUCACUUACCACAUUCACGCCAAGCCCGUCCCCGAGAACGGCAACUGCACAGCAACCGGCGCUCACUUUGACCCUACUGAGCGAGGCGAGGACCCCGUCUGCGACAAGAGUAAGCCCGAGACGUGCCAGAUCGGCGAUCUGGCUGGCAAGCACGGCGCUAUUCCUGCGGACAAUAUCACCUUCAGCGCCAGUUACGUUGACAAGUACGCCUCGCUCGUUGAGGGUUCGGACGCCUACUUCCUCGACCGCAGCAUCGUGUUCCAUUUCCCCAACAAGACGAGGAUCACCUGCGCCAACUUCAAGAUCACCGAGCCGGCUUGCGGUGCUUCUACCACUGGCGUUGCUGCCCCUACCGGAUCUACCACCGGAGGCGCGCCCUCACCGUCAGGCACACUACCUGUUGCAGCUGGAGCCAGCCUUAGCGCGAGUUCCAUGACCGGAGUGGCGGCUGCCUUACUGGGUGGUGCAAUGAUGUUGAUGCUCUGA